ACCGCUUUACAGAUUUUUAUCAUCUUUACACAACGCAUUUUAUUCGAUCUGUUAUCUAUCACUUUGAUAUAUAGGCGUUACCAUUAAGCAAAGCAUCAUCUAAUUAAUGGCUUCAGAAAAAACUGAUAUUCAAGCAACAAUUGAUAGUGAAGAAAACGUGUUACGAAAACAUGUCGAGUUUUUUGAUCGUAACAAUGAUGGUGUGAUUUAUCCUUGGGAAACUUUUCAAGGGUUUCGAGCGAUUGGGAGUGGUAUUGUGUUAUCUUCGGUUGCUGCCCUAUUCAUCAAUAUGGGACUUAGUGGCAAAACUCGCCCGGGGAAGAAGUUGCCUAACCUACUUUUCCCAAUCGAAAUACAAAACAUAAAUAUGGCGAAACAUGGCAGUGACUCUGGGGUCUACGAUUCUCAUGGAAGGUUUGUUACUGCCAAGUUUGAGGAGAUAUUCCGCAAGCAUGCAAGGACAAAUAAAGAUGGCUUGACAUCAGAAGAACUUGAUGAAUUUGUCAAAGGAAACCGCGAGCCCAAGGACUACGGAGGAUGGAUCGGAGGCCUUUCCGAAUGGAAGAUAUUGUAUUACCUUGCCAAGGACAAAGAUGGACUAUUGAAGAAAGAAACUAUUAGAUCUGUUUACGAUGGAAGCUUGUUUCAAAAAAUGGCAGAGGAACAAAAGAUAAAAUCGGCAAAGAAGAAGAAACACACCGAUAAAUAAAGAGAAGCAAAAGAUGGAAGUGUCGAGUGAACCGAUUUAUGAUUAUUCAUCAAUGGUCGACUGUCUAUAUAUAGUGACUUGUUUUUUGUUUCGUUUCUUUUUCUUUCUUGAUGAUGUACGUACCGGUUUGUUUGUUGGGUUGAUAGAGUGAAUUUCCAUGAUUUCGUUUUAUAAAUAUUUUUUUAUUUAUUUUCAUACUAAAAAAAAUAAGUUAAAGUUGCAA